UUGAUCUUUCUUUUUGUCCUCGAUUGUCUUUGGUUUGGUUGAUGGAGUGAGUGAAGUGGUGGUUGAAUUUUGGAGUUUUUGUGCUCGCUCGCUCGUGGUAUUUAAUCGAUCGUAAUUUAGUUAUUGUGCACACAUCUAGUUCGUGAAAUUAAACACGAACCUAAACGUGUAAAAGACGUAUUUGGACUACGUAAUAUGAUUACGGAUUUGACUGAUGAAUUGGAUCAAAGCGACAGCGGUAUGGAAUCACUGAUUGCGAGCAAGGAUGACACUCCUGAACGUAGACCUGAAGACAGUUUCAUAAUCCCUUCGCUAGGAUCAUCCCCCAGCGCAGGUACACCAAUAGGAACUUUGAAAGAAUACGACGAUGAGCCUGAUGAAACACUUUCCGAAAGACUAUGGGGAUUGACUGAGAUGUUUCCGGAGUGUGUCCGGAAUGGCACAUACACAGUUACUACUACAACUUGGUCUGGCGUAAAGUCCUUGUAUGGUCUAUCCCGCUCAGUCAUGUGGAUUGUGGCGAGUUCAUCCGUAAUUCUAUUUGCCCCGGUCAUCUUUGAGGUAGAGCGAGCACAAGUGGAAGAAAUGCAAAAAUCACAGCAAAAACAGGUCUUAUUGGGAACUAAUACUGCCCUGUCCGGUCCAAUGCCCAACAUGCCACCAAUGCCGCGAUAAGCCAAAAAAUUAAACAUAAUAAUUUACAUCCAUCUAUGUAUGACACACUAUAGGACACAAAAUGUCAUCCUAAAUGCUUUAAUGUUAGUUUUUUAGAUUAAUUAAAUAGGUACUUUUAUUGUAAUAUUUGAAAUAAUUUUAUUGAAGUUUAUUAUUUCCUGUUAAAAAUUCUAGCAUGUUCUGAAGAUUUCUAUUGAUCUGUGUACUAAUUGCAUUUAAUUAAGAUAUCAAUCAAAUAUCAGUCUGCAAGAAUUGGAGAGAGAACACAAGCUUAUUAUCUUUUCUUUGCUUUUACACUACCUAUACUCUUUUUAUAUAAAAUAAUCGUUUGGUCAUUGUUGGUGUAAGUAGGUACCUUAUUAAUGGAAUGUAUAGGAUAGACAUGAAAUAAAUAGUCAUGAUAGUUAAUAAAAGUACUGUUAUAAAAUAUAAA